CAGCGCCAGCUCAUCCGCUUCAUCUGCCGCCGUCAUGCUCUUUUCCUCUCGUUCGCGAUAUUCGUAACUGAAGCUGGAGGGUACAAUUGAAGGUUACGGAAUACUGUAACCUAGAUACUAUUAGGAUACGACAAUAUCCAUGGACGGCAAGAUGGCGGCGGUGGAGCGCGUCUUGGCAGAGCUCUCACGGCUGAACGAGGAAGCUGCGGCAUCCCCCACCACGGUAUCUUCUACGCCUACGUCUAACGCCGCUCUGGACCAAUUCUCCGUGCUUUCUGCCUCUUCGUUAGCCCCCGAAGCUGUGGUGAUCGUACCCCACAAGUCUUCACAACCUCUUCCCCCAACAUCUCCAUUUGCGCUGCCCCCUGUGCGCCUCACAUCCCCAUAUGGAGACCGAUCGACGGUGCAGAAAGAGCUUGAGACAGUGGCACAUCCGUUGUUCGCAUUGGAGCGUCUAGGACCAUUUCCUCGCGGCUGGAAGGACAGUAACCCGGAAAGUAACCCCAAGGUUACGGUUCCACAGAGUCGACUUCUGGCUCAAAUGCCCAUGUCCGCGCCCCGGCAGGAGCUCGUCCCAAAGCGGAAUUCAAUAGUAAAAGAUCCAUUAAAGAUCCAGUACGAGUUUCGAGCCGUGGACGUCUCUAGGACCGGAGCAGACGCAGGAUUUAGCAGUGCGCUGACCAAACAAGACGAAUACGCCCGAGGAAAGAUGAGUAACAAGCCCUACUCCCCUGGAGGAGACUCAUUGGCUGAACUGGAGCCGGAGAAGGUCGAGGAAGAGCUGAGUCCGAUGCAAAGGCUGCUAAUGAAGGAAGAGGAGCAGCAGAGGAACCUAUUGGUGCUUGGAGAUGGAGAAGAACUGGACGAAACACUGUUGGAGAGUCUCGUGUUUGAUGUUCCAGGUAUUAACGGCUGCUUAACUGCUGAAGACGUGAAGAAGAUCGAGAAGAAGGAGGUGGAGACAGUUGACGAAGUCGAGAACGUCGGAGUGAACCCGAAAAACCUGCUAAAACCGUAUUUUGAGGCGGUGGCGGAUAAGGACCAUGUAGCAGCGAUCAGGAGUGCUGUGCUGGACGAGAAAGCUGCCAAUGCGAUGAGACAGAAUGAUGACAACACGACAGUUGGACUGGAUCAAUUGUUACGUGAGAUGGAGGACGAUGGAGAGCUCAUGGAGUUGGGAUUCUCAGUUGAGGAUGAAGAAGAGGAAGGUGACAACACUGAACAACAGAAUGGAGAUCCUGAUGUUGCAUCAAGUGCAGUGGAAGCAGCUGAUAAGAGCGUUAAAGCGGCGUCUGGACUGGAAGGAUCCUCUACUGACGAUGAUAGCAUCGAAGACCCGGAGACGGCAUUGGAGACGAUACUGGACUCUGCCUCAGAGUCGAGUACACUGACGUUGCAGAAGCGAACAAGCCCCACGUCCGAGUGGGCGAGUAUGGCGAGUGUCGAUGUGCGCAACUUCCAUGAGAAGGUUCCUGAGAUGGCUAUGAAGUACGAGUUUGAGCUGGAUGUGUUUCAGAAAGAGUGUGUCAUUCAUCUGGAGCGCCACGAGUGCGUAUUCGUGGCUGCUCACACCUCUGCUGGUAAGACUGUGAUUGCAGAAUACGCCAUCGCGAUGUCCCAGAAGCACAUGACGCGCACUAUUUACACGUCGCCUAUCAAGGCCUUGUCUAACCAGAAGUACCGUGACUUCCGCACCAAGUUUGGACCCGACAAUGUCGGUCUUAUUACAGGCGAUGUCAGUAUCAAUCCGGAGGCCAGUUGUCUAGUUAUGACGACGGAGAUCUUGCGCUCUAUGCUGUACCGUGGAGCUGACAUUAUCCGGGAUAUCGAGUGGGUUAUCUUUGAUGAGAUUCACUACAUUAACGACAGUGAACGUGGUGUGGUAUGGGAGGAAGUGAUCAUCAUGCUUCCUGAACACAUCGGUAUGGUCUUCCUCUCGGCUACUACGCCGAACCAUUUGGAGUUUUCUGACUGGAUUGGGCGUACAAAGAAGCAGAAGAUCCACGUGAUCUCUACCUACAAGCGUCCUGUCCCUCUCCAGCACUUCUUAUAUGCUGGAAAGGAGCUCUUUAAGCUCUAUGACGCUACCUCUGGAUAUCUACCAAACGCUCAUGGUGCAGCCAAGGCCAAGCUCGCCCCAGCGUCGGAUAAAUCGAAGGCUGGUCGAGGUGGCAGGGCUGUUGCUCGCGGUGGCGGUAGUAGUGCCAAUGCCCGUAGUAUCCGCACAUCAGGAGGUGAUCAGGGCGAAUGGACCAAGCUGAUCAACACGUUGAAGGACAAGUCGUUGCUUCCAGUGGUGGUCUUUGCCUUCAGUAAGCGCCUGUGCGAAGAGAGUGCCAGCAAGUUAGCCAAGCUUGAUCUGAGUACCCCUUCCGAGCGGUCAGAGAUUCACCUCUUCCUUGAGUCAAGCGUGCAGCGACUACAAGGAUCAGACCGUGAAUUACCUCAGGUAUUGACUAUGAAGGAGAUGCUUAAACGAGGCAUUGGCGUUCAUCACGGUGGCUUACUUCCGAUUAUCAAGGAGAUGGUCGAGAUCCUGUUUGGUCGUGGUCUAGUGAAGGUUCUCUUCUCGACAGAGACGUUCGCUAUGGGUGUGAAUAUGCCUGCGCGUACAGUGGUGUUUAACGGGAUUCGAAAGCAUGACGGCAAGAACUUCCGUGAUCUUUUACCUGGAGAGUACACUCAGAUGGCUGGACGUGCUGGACGUCGUGGUCUGGAUUCGGUAGGUACUGUUAUCAUCGCGUGCUGGAACGAUGUCCCCGAACCCACAUCGUUGAGGACGAUGCUGGCGGGAAAGGCGACGUCACUCUCCAGUCAAUUCCGCUUGACGUACAAUAUGAUCCUGAACCUCUUGCGAGUGGAAGUUCUAACCGUUGAGGACAUGAUGAAGCGUUCGUUCUCGGAAUUCCACACUCAGAAGGCUCUUGCCUCGAAAAACAUUCCAAAGUUGAUUCAGAAGGCCAAGAAGUUGUUACAGCAGCUUGAACGUUCACUUGUUGAGGACUACCCACAUCUCGAGGCUAGUGGCGAACUGGCGCAGAUGCAGGAGUUCUACCAACUCAAACGCGAUAAGCGUGAGCUGGAGAAAAAGCUGACCAAGUGGCUACUAGCGAACAACAUCCAAGCUGCCAAGAACGCGAUUGCACCUGGACGCAUCGUAAUUCUCAACGUGAAGGGGUUAUCAUCCGAUCAACUGGCAUUAGUUGUGCGUACAAAUGCUGCUAUGGUGAAUGAAGGCGCCACUGCUCGAUCAAAGCUCUCGUUUGAAACAGAACUUCAGAGUACAAGUACCAGUGAUGCAGGUCAGAAGGGAGUCUUCAAGUCGAUCAUGGUCAUCACUCUCUGUCCUGAUGACUACGAGCCUCCUAAAGUGGAGAUACCAUCAGAGACCAAGAAGAACCUUCACACUUUAAUGGGUGGUCGUAUGCUACGUAGCAAGAAAGACGACGAUGAUCUCAUGUUCGGACGCGUGAGUAAGAAAGGGAAAGCUGAAAGUCAAGAAAGUGCGCUUACUGCACCGGCGACUGCUACGCUGCUGGGUCGGAAAUAUGCUGUGUUGGAGGUACCUGAGAGUUGUGUUGAGAGUGUGACGUCUAUUGUAGCGUCGAAUGUGAACACCAAGACUCUGGUAUCUUCCUCGUCGAAGAAGGAACUCGCUAGUAGCAUCGAGUUCCUAACUCAACUCGAGAAAGACACUGCAACAACGCAGAAGGCAGCGAUCACUUACGUUGACUUGAUGGGUGAACUUAAGGUCAAUGACCUCGAAGUCGCGACGGGUUAUACUCAAUGGCAGCAGAUGUACUCGAUGGUACUUAGUCACCCUUGUGCCACCGACUCACCGUCCGUGUCUCGUGUCAUGGGAAAAGUGGAGAAGAUCUUCAAGCUCAAGGCCUACUUGGUGCGUAUGACUCGUGAGUUGUCGAACGAUUCGCUCUCGCUCUUCCCGGACUUCCAGCAACGUCUGAGUGUGCUGAAACGACUCGGAUACAUCUCAGAAGACGGCGUUGUGCAGGUUAAAGGACGAGUGGCAUGUGAGAUCAACACGUGCGAGGAACUCGUGCUGACCGAAAUGAUCUUCGAGAAUGUAUUGGCCAAUCUGGAGCCUGAAGAGAUCGUUGCUGUGCUGUCUGCGCUUAUCUUCCAAGAGAAGUCUCAAUCCGAGCCAACACUGACUCCAACGCUAGAGAACACUCGCGAGAUCGUCAAGAACAUUGCGGAAUCAUUGGGCCUCAUCCAGCUAGAGCAGCAUCUUGAAAUCGACCCUGCAGUCUACUGCAAGGGUGCGCUCAACUUCGGAUUGAUGGAGGUUGUGUACGAGUGGGCACGAGGCAUGCCCUUCAAGCAGUUAUGCGAGCUCACAGACGUGCAGGAAGGCUCCAUUGUGCGCUGCAUCACUCGUCUUGAUGAAGUUUGUCGUGAAGUUCGCAAUGCCGCGCGUGUCAUCGGAGACCCGCAGCUAUAUCGCAAAAUGGAAGUUGCCUCUGAAGCCAUCAAGCGCGACGUCGUGUUUGCCAGCAGUUUGUACCUGUCCUAGUCGGAGAAAAACCCAGUUAAAAGCGUAGUCUUGUCAGCUGUAUCGAUCUAUUAUACUCGACUUCUAACUAGCCGAAGCGUACGUGCGAACUCCCGGUAGUCUUUGAAACAUGACGUGAAGCGGUUGGCACUGCAUUGUGCACUGACGCUUGGCUAGCAGGUUGCUGGACGUUUUCUGACUGUCG